AUGUCAGCUGCAGAGGAGUCGACACCCGAGCCGGACCCCGAUUACACGGAGUACAUGACGGGAAAGAAGAUUCCACCAGGUGGCAUCCCUGGCGUGGACCUCAGUGACCCCAAGCAGCUGGCAGAGUUUGCAAAUUCGACACCAGACAAUGGCAUGAAGCAGUGGUGGGAGCAAGUGCAGUGCACCAGUGUCUACUCCCCCGACAAAAACAAGGGUGGCGCCGGCCAGAGGAUGAAGCCGAGGAAACAGAGUGAUGACGUAGCAAGGACGAUAGCAUGUCCACACAAAGGCUGCACCAAGAUGUUCCGUGACAACUCUGCCAUGCGGAAGCACUUGCACACGCACGGCCCCCGGGUGCACGUGUGUGCAGAGUGUGGCAAGGCCUUCGUCGAGAGCUCCAAGCUGAAGCGGCACCAACUGGUCCACACAGGCGAGAAGCCUUUUCAGUGCACGUUUGAAGGGUGUGGCAAGCGGUUCUCCUUGGACUUUAACCUGCGGACACACGUGCGCAUCCACACGGGUGACCGGCCGUACGUCUGCCCCUUCGACGGCUGCAACAAGAAGUUUGCCCAGUCCACCAACCUCAAGUCACACAUCCUCACCCAUGCCAAAGCCAAUACAACAAGCAAGCGAAGAAAAUGGAAAACUACUAUUGAAACUGAUGCACAGUUGAGCACUGACCUCGUCUUUCCCGAGAUAAACGGCACAGGACAGAGGCUGUCGGAUGUUGAGUCGCAGAAGGUCACGUUCACCUUUGACCAGGAUUAGAAAAAAAAAAAAACAUGUACACAGACAAGAGAAACAAGAAUGUCAUGUUUUUUUUUUUUUUUCAUAUUGUUUUUAAGAGGAAGGCGGGCAGCAAAGCAACACAGAGCCAUUGCCGUUGGCCACUGCUAAUGUAGCCGCAGCUGUUCGAAGUUAAAAAGCCUACCUUGGUGCCAAUGCGUACCCUCCGCUUUUCCUUAAUGGCAAGUCAGACGUUUCAUGUUUUGUUUGGUUUUUGAAGUCAGUUUUUUUUUUUUUGUUAAUUUGUGUAUGGAAUUCCUUUUUGCCUGCUUCAGAAGUGUGCAAGAAGAGUGUGAAUGACCUGAUGAGUGGUUUUGACGUUUUUGCUGGUUCCACUGUUGGACUCUUAUUUUUGUUAAUUGCCUUUUUUGUUUCAUCUUGUUUUUGCAUUCCCCCAUUACUUUGUUUACACUGCUUUACCCUGAAUAGCAGCAGCUAGACCAACAUUAUCUUCUUUUUUUGUCCAAAAUGCAUUAAGGGUAGCUUUUGGGGAGGACUUAAGACUUCAGUGAGUUGUAGCAGGCAUUAAAAGGCAGACCAAAAACAUUUUUUUUUUGCAUAACUGCCCGGUGUUGCAUCUCUUCAAUCAUUGUGCAGCUGCUGAGUUGUCUCUUCUAGAGGUGUCAUUCUUGCGCACGCGGUCGAGCCCACUUAAAACAGCAACAAAAUUUGUAGCACCUAAACUUCGUUAACUUCGAAUGGUGAUGAAACCUCGAGCCUGUGCGAACUACAAAGGGCAGUGCAUGUGCAUGAUGCUGCUUUCUUCGUAUGUCAUGCAGCAUAGGACAGGGCAAAGCGGUAAAGCCAGCAUAGUAGCAAGGUGAAAUAGUUGGGAGGUCUUCUUUCAUUUCUCCUUUGAUGAGCUUCCUUGCUCCAAAUGCCAUGAAAUGGCUCGUGGGCCAUGCAAUCAAUGAAACACAUUGGCUGUAACGUGUGAAGGAAAUGGUCCAUGUUGUCAGCACGCAGUGCUCACUGUGUGCUGCCUCUGAAAAAUGAGCUUGAACCACAACGCUGCCCAGCUUUACAUUUGACUCUUUUGCAUCUGUAAGCUAUAACUGGCAUUCUUGCAUCAUUGCCAAACUGACAUCAGUGGCGUAAGUUUUAUUGCUGCCUACUCGAGCUGCCGUGGUCAAAGUUCUCCUUGAGAGAUGGGUACUGGGUCCCAUAGUCCUUACAAAAGUGGGUACUUUUUUUUUUUUUAAGGACUGUGAUGGGCAGAUAACUUUGUUCCGAAGUUAUCUGCAGGGUGCAGGUGCAUGGGGUGCAAGCAGCUGCUGCAGUUAGACUAAACAGGUGUCUUGUGCAGUUUGAAUAAAAUGUUUGAGGAUUGGUGGGAUGUCUGGAUUUGUUUUGUUUGCUGCUCAUUUUCUGAUUGAAUUAAUUUUAGGGCCAUUACUUUGUUAUUUUUGUUAUUGUUGAUCCUUUGUGUAUGCAAAUUGGAACAUGGAUGAAUCUAUAGGAACAGUGCACACCAUUAUCAAGAAAAAAAGGAGGGAAGGAAGUUUUCUAAAGUUUGGUUAUGUCUUGUGUUUAAGGCAACAGGCAUGGACAGCAUCCGCAUUAAAAUGCAUUACAAUAGAUUUGAGCCGGGACAAAAGUGAGAAGAAAAACAAUGCGAAGUAUUCAUGUGCACAACUUAUGCUGUCGGUUCACAACACAGCAUUCUAGUUAACAAAAUACGCAAAAAGGUUUUUAAAAAACUUUUUGCAAGGCUGGCAGGCAAGUUACAUCUCGGAGAUGUUGCUUUCGAAUUUGUCAAGUCUUCUUUGCCAGAGCACUUUGUAUAAAAUAGUGGUUUCUGCGAUGACUUUGCUGCUCGUCUUUCUCACUCACCCGUCGACAUGAGCCCGUUUGGUGCUCCUUUCUUUUUUUUUUUCUAUGUGAAUAUAGAAAGUGUGCUGCUUCUUUAUGUGUGUGGGCACACAGCAGACUUUGGUCAUAUUUAGCACAUCUCACUGUACAUAGUUCCCAUGAUCCUUGACAGCAGUAGGUUGCAGUUUCCCUGCCUGCUUUGCCAUUUCCUUGCCGCCCAUUGUAAGGGAUGGCAACAUAUUCUUUUCUUCCCUAGGCAUGAGAUAGUUCUUUACAAACUGAUUCUCUCUUUUUUUUUAUUAUAGUCAAUUAUUUAGCGACCCUCACCCCACCCCCUUUUUUAAAAUCGCGCCAACGUGCACCUUAUUCACCAUUGUCACUGACACUUGUAGCGACCGUCAGAGGGUCGUACCAGCUGUGGUCUUGCCGAGAGGGCUUGCAACAUGCAAGUGUACGGUACAGUCAACAUUGUCGCGUCUAGGUGUAGUGAGCCAGCGUGUGAUUGCCUAGAAAGCUUUGUGAGUGAAGCAUGCAUGUUGCAUUGUCUGAGGUGGCUCUCCAUGUGCGGUUGGUGAGUCAAGUUUGCUCGUCGCCAGUACGUCGACUUUUGUAGCAGAGAAUGAAAUAUUUUCAGAUGGCUUCGUCCGAUGGAGAAGUGUGUACAGACUCGCGAUACAAAUUCCUGAAUGGGCAUUGAUGGUGUCUAUACCUGGUGUAACACAGCGUCACCAGUUUUCGCUGAAUAUGUGCUCUUGUACUUUUCUCUUAUUUCUUUUUCUUUGUGAGAAUGUUUUCAUGCUUUGUGGGAUUUAGUAUUUGAUUAUUGCAGAAGAACCUUUGACAGUUUGCGUUUCAUAGCUGAGACCUCGGCACUGGGAUUUCUGUAUAAAACCAGCUGAAAGAUGAGUCGCUGUGCGCGGCUGGAUUGCAUGUAUUGUGCGCCCACCGGACAAAUUAACAUUAGCCCAGAGAGUCUGACUGAAGUUUGCCUGCUUGAAUGGUGCACUGUUUCGAAGACAUUGUGGCACGCUGUGACCCCUGUCGAUGAUGCAGCUUGCCGAUCGUUUGCAUGACCAAUGUUGACAGCAAAUGAAAGCAUCACACUGUGAUUGGAACUAUGCCGAGUACCGAAUUCGGCAUGCAUUGUUUCUCUCGUGGGUUUGGGGAGAAACGGCAACCUUUGGUUUAUGCUUGCAUCAUCCAGGAUGCUGAAGACCUAAGGUCAAAUAUUUAGUGGACGUAAGGUUUUGUUCUGCCAGUGGUAGAAUCUACUGCUGGGGACACGUCCCGUAUGAUGAUCGGGCUAGCCCUCUAGAAGAAACAGCUGGCAGACUUGAGGGACAUCAAGCAUGUUUCUCAAACCGAGCAAGAACGUUAACAUGGAAAAUGUGUACUCGCACUGUCUGAGAGCCACACAGUGGUUUUCCUUGAGCAUUUGGACUGCACCAGAAUUCGACGUAUACUGUUUCCAGUGCACAUUUUUGCGUGUUAAGGCAAGAAAAAUGGGUGUCGCUUCACAGCUGCUGUCAUGUAAAUAUAACGCUGUGUGUGCAGUGCUGGGUCUCUCUCCCUCCUCCCCUCUUAUUAUUAUUAUUUUUUUUCGCUGGUGGGUUUGUGUUCCAGUAAAGAUGUGUAUCGGUAAAUUCAGAUACGACAACCCUUGUUUUGAGCUUCAGGGGGAAAAAACUGUAUUAUUGGAUAUAUGUACAUAGCAUGCGCGUGUAGUCAUAGAAAUUUUCAUCGCACACUGUUUUCCUUUGAUUUUCUUGUCUGUUUGUACUGACUGCACGCUGCUUGUUAGCAGGGUGUUUUGAUGCUGUGCUAUUGUUCUGCGCGUUCAAAACUUUUUGGUUUGGUGUGUGUGAGGAGGCACGUUUGUCUGUUUGCUGUACAGAUUGCUUUGUGCAACAAUGAGUAAUGAGAAUAAUAAAAA